AUGCUUCUACCAUCUCAAGGCACAUACAACAGUGCAGAUAAACUCUUUGAAAGUGUUCAAACAUUAGCAAAAUCACAAGGAUACACAUUGGUUAAAAAAAAAAUCUGUAAAGAUAAGCGUG